AUGCAUCCCUCUUUGGCGCCUCAUCUUCAUGGCGACUGCCUAGAAAUUAUACAGCAACUGCAUCGCUGUCACGAACAGGUUAGUAGUUAAACGUGUUGCGCUGUAAACACGUGCCUGCUUGGCCAUGUUCUUGUGAUGUAUACAAAUUUUUUUUUCGCCUUUCUUUGCAGCAUCCUGUUGGGAAAUUCCUAGGCGAGUGCAAUGAUAUCAAAAGAGCAUUGAACAGAUGUUUAAAAGAGGAGGUAUUUAAGUCUUUUUUAUCUGAUAUCCAUUUCUCUUCAUUAGUUGAGAGGAGAUGUGUUAUGUAAUUCUAACUGUGAUUGUGAGGACGAAAUUCUCUGGUUUUGUCAUAUGGUAAUAUUUGUAGUAGAAUUUUUCUAAAAAGAGGUUUUUUAAUUUUGAUUUUGAACAUUGUCAGGGGUGUGAAUGAUAAAUCAGUCAAUAAAUAUGUUUAUAAAAAUUAAUAAUAAUGAAUAAAUUGAGUGGUUGUUCAUCCAGCCCCGACUGAAUUGAGUAACAAAGUGUGACAUAACAGAAAUGAGAAUUUGUGAAAUUAUGGGAUUUGUUGUCAUCCUCUAUGAGACCAAGAUGAAAAAUGCUUCUGUACCAAAAAUCAGUGUGUUUGCACCAAUUGACAGUGAGAUACUACAAUCUUAGACAAAAACCUUGAAACACUUUGGAAAAUUCUGCUCCCUUUUGUUUUCCCCCUCCCUUUUGCAAUGUUGUUGUAGCCACGCAACUUUGCAAUAACAUCUCAACAUUGCAGGGGGAAAGGGAUGUGCAUAGGUGUUUCAGGGAUUUUUGGCGAGGAUUGUGUGAGGUGUAAAAGGCCAUCUGGUUAUCAUUACACGCUAUUCAGACGUGGCGGCAUGCUCGAAGAAACAGCAAGCGUGACCUAUAGCAUAAGGUGUUUUGAUUUUAAGGGCUUUAAAUGUAUGACGAGAAUUUCUUUCUUGGCAAUCUUUACCGCUCAAAUUUUCGAGAACUGUUUCUCAUUUCAAGAGAAAAAAUUACAAUACCAACUUUAUUCAGAACAGGGAGCUAACCAAGAAGACAAGGGUUUGGCCAACAUUACUAAUUUCCAACAGCGGACCCAAUGCAGUCAAUGCAGAAUUGUCUAAGACAUGAUAUCAAUGAGAACUGAUUUAAAUCCAAUGGUGAACAUAUUUUAAUUAGUAAGUGGAGGCUUGCAUGCCAAAUGCGAGAGAAAAGUAAUUUUUCACAGAACGGACAAAAUGGAAAUGAAAAAUACAAUUCUUAAUACCUGCAGUAUAGACAAGAAAAAAUGUAAUAAAACUCGAUGGAUAACCGUAUGCAGCGCCGAAUGGAAAUUCAGGAAAUUCAAGGAAAGAAAACAAAUUAACCCGAUACUGAGCAACUCACUGAGUUCUAUUUAAAUAGAACUCGGCCCGAUAUAAUUGCGUGAUGCAUCUGUUGCGUACUGUAAACAGUCAUCGGUUAACCCCCCGUGUNGUAUGCAGCGCCGAAUGGAAAUUCAGGAAAUUCAAGGAAAGAAAACAAAUUAACCCGAUACUGAGCAACUCACUGAGUUCUAUUUAAAUAGAACUCGGCCCGAUAUAAUUGCGUGAUGCAUCUGUUGCGUACUGUAAACAGUCAUCGGUUAACCCCCCGUGUUAACACCACGGUUUACCGUUGUUUUUUGCUGUUAUUCUGUUUCAAAUGUGUGUUUUGUAGCUUAAAAAACGGUUUGAUAUGAAGUUAACUAAAAUUAAUAUCCAACCCAACUGUUAAGUUCAGAUCUGGCCACAGCGUGAAUUUCAGGGUUUUUACAACAGUUAACCAUACUGUGUAAUAAAAUAAAGAUGUCAACAGCGUUACUUUCAUAUUUAACAACGGUAAACCAUUGACCCUUUUCUCCUCGUGAGCAGACCGCAGUAGAAAGUAACAGUCGUACACUUUGGAAACAAUGCUGUUAUUAAAGACGUUACGUGUCUGCAUUUGUUUGCAGAUAUAAAUACGUGCUGCGACUUUUUGAAAUCCACUGACACCGAAAAAACCUAAUGGUAAACCGUUUGGGUAAACCGUGGCCUGUGCACAUUACACAGCACAAGCAUAACGGAAUUAAUUUGGGGCAAGUCCCAUUUCAAUAGAAAUACUGCCAGUUCUAAGUGACCUGCCUAACAUUUACCUUCAGAAAUUACUCUUAUCAAGGAAAAAAUACUUCUGUAAAUUGGCUGUUCUAGCAAAGACAUUUCUUGUGCUAAAUCUAUGCAGGUCCUAGCACAAUUACACUGUUCUAAUGCGACAGAACAGCUCACAACUGCAAAUUCUGCUCGAAUACACUCACUCCCUUUCAAGUGAAAAUUUCUUUUCAACACAACUCUUCUCCUUAGACACUUCACCUUCUCCUCUCACAUUGAGAAAAAAAAAAUCCGCAUAAUUUAUCGAACUUCAACAAACGUGUACAUCAUCAUUACAAUAGAUGUUACAGAUGCAAGGCAGGCGCGUAGUCGCCACUAAAAAUGUUUAAGUCUUAUUUGGCAUUUCUUGCGCACGCUCCGAAAAUUUCCCGCCACUUCAGACAAUCUUAGACAAAAACCUUGAAACACUUUGGAAAAUUCUGCUCCCUUUUGUUUUCCCCCUCCCUUUUACAAUGUUGUUGUAGCCACGCAACUUUGCAAUAACAUCUCAACAUUGCAGGGGGAAAGGGACGUGCAUAGGUGUUUCAGGGAUUUUUGGCGAGGAUUGUAGCAUCCCUAUGUUCUGACAACUGCAUGCAAAUCCUUCAAAGGCCAAUUUUAGAGGAUUUGUAUGGAGUCUUAAAUAACUAUCUCUGUGCACGUAUUAGGUAUAAGCAGCAGGUCUGAGAGUAAAACCUCACCAAAUGCUUACAUGUAAAAGUAAAGGGAGAGUGGCACUAUACUGGCCCAACAACCAACGUGUACCAUCUCUGAUCACAAUAAUUAUUGACUCUAUCAUUAGUCCGGGUAGUAAGCAUUUCCACGCAAGUUAUUGCACAUCUGCAAGAGCUUUCACAAUAACUCAAGUGGAUGAGUAAUAACUACGGCUGAAAUGGUUGCUACACAGGCUACUUGCCAAUUCUGAUCCACACUUUAUUUCAAUAAUAAUUUAAUAUUGUUAGUUUUAUACUUGACUAUAUCCCCUGGGGUGACAGGCAAGGCUGCAUGUAGUAAUCAUGAUGCUAAGAACAUGAUGUCUCCAAAGGAGACAGGUCUUACUCAUGCAACAUUUAUGGUUUUUUUACAUUGUUCCUUUCUUUAUUACAGGAUUUAAGAAAAAGAAGGAGAAACCAAGAGGACGCAAAAAGAAGGAGAAAGACAUUACAAGAUUUGUGUUCAGAAAAACAGGAAUAA